AUGGAAGGAAUUUAUGGAGAUUUCAUGGAUUUCAUAAGGAAACCGGUUAUCGUAGAAACAUUAGUCGACAUUUUGCUCUGUGCAGUACCUAUUUGGGUGGCGGUGAUGAUCGGUUUAGUUAUCGGUUGGUCAUGGAGGCCCCGGUGGACUGGUCUCGUCUUCUUGGGCCUUCGUAGCAAGUUCCGGUUCAUUUGGACAGCUCCGCUGGAGUUCGGAGCCCGUCGGCUUUGGCUUGCUUUUACCGCGCUUUCUGCAUUCUCUGUUGGUCGCAAGCUUUGGUCGAAUUUUAGAGGAAAAGGCGACGAACCGCCGGUUUCGGAGUCGGUAUUGGCAGCUUUGACGCAGUUGGUGGAACGGACCGGCAGUGGUUUCGACUUUAGUGGCAUAACUUCAGGGGCAGAGCAGGACAUGGUCUCUGAAAAGGAUUUAGAACACCUAUUGUAUCUUCUUGAGGGGAGGGUGGGGGACACAUCAUGGCAAAGUAUGAUGGAACGCUUCACUCCAAAUAUUGCAUAUCAAGCUUGGCAUUAUGAGCCUGAGACAGGCCCAACCAUUUACCGUAGCAGAAUUGUUUUUGAGGAUGCAACUCCUGAGCUUGUUAGAGAUUUCUUCUGGGAUGAUGAAUUUCGACCUAAAUGGGAUCCCAUGCUUGCAUGCUUCAAGGUGUUGGAGGAAUACCCUCAUGAAGGGAAAAUGAUUGUCCAAUGGGUGAAAAAGUUCCCAUUUUUCUGCAGUGAUCGAGAGUAUAUCAUUGGUCGACAAAUAUGGGAGUCUGGAAAGACAUAUUAUUGUGUGACAAAGGGUGUUCCAUAUCCAGGCUUAGAAAAGCGCAAUAAGCCCAAGCGAGUGGAGCUUUAUUUCUCAAGUUGGAUAAUCAAGGCAGUGGAAUCUCGUAAGGGAGAUGGACAGUUAUCUGCAUGUGAGGUGAUACUAGUACAUUACGAAGACAUGGGAAUCCCCAAGGACGUCGCAAAACUGGGUGUCCGCCAUGGGAUGCGAGGAGCUGUCAAGAAAUUACACUCCGGCAUGAGAUCAUACCAGCUUGCCAGGAAAUCUGGGGCACCGCUGUCUAGAUGUGCCCAGAUGGCACAGAUCACCACCAAGAUUCCUGUUGAUGACAGCACUGAUUCUGUUGAGUCAUUAUCUGUUGAACAAGAAAAGGAUCAAACGAUGGAUUUUCAGCGCAAGGUGGAUCUUGGUUUUGACUGGAAAUGGGUGCUUAUAGGUGGUAGUGUGGCUUUGCUAUGUGGACUCCGGACAGGUGUGAUCGGGAAAGCCUUGUUAUUUGGAGCAGCUCGGAAGCUUGCACGGAAGUGAGUCCCCCUUGUAGCUCUCUAUUGACUGCUGUGCGCGACAUUGGAUGCUGCCAUUCUUCAUCUUGAUGAGUGACCAACUGGUUGGGUUAUGCAAAAAUGAAUCGAAUUCUUGUGAUGUUAUGGUAAGCGUUUUGGGUGUUUGAAGGGUCCAGAUAGGUUCACCUGUCGAAGACUCGAUGUUGGUACGCAGCAAGCAAAUAGGAAGAAGGACAAGUAUACCAAGUUGUCUUGAUUCGGCAUGUAGUACAAGAUUAAUAAGAAAGGGGAUGGUCUCCAUUAAUUUACUUUUAA